CCAAAAUGCAGAGGCGUGGGGAGGACAUCGCUGCUCUUGUGCUGGCUAUGCCAACGCCGUCGUGCAGUUCGACAUCUUCUAGUGGUGUAGCGACGCCGACACUCGCGGCAGGUGCGGCUGCCCCGUCGGGGGAGAACCUUCGCCUACCUGCUUCGAAGAGCAGGGGGACCGGUCGUGCGGGUUCCGCAUACACAUUGCCCGGAAGAAACCAAAUUGGAGCAAAAGCCUCGUCUGGAAAAUUAUCUAAAUACGUUGCGCUUGCUAAAGCUAAGGUACCAACUGCAAGCGCUUCUUCGUCUUCCCCGAAUGGUGCUUCUCACGUAGUGGACACCGUCACUGAGCCUUGGAUGAGGGAAGAGAACUCCAUUCUGCUCUCCACAGGUAUCGUGGAGCAGGAGAGCCGGUUGAAACAACCAGAUGUGGUAGGCCGCGAUGAUGAGGCUAUAGACUCGGUAAAGGAUGGAUGUGGGACCAGUGGGAGCAAGGAUUCGGUGGAAUCAAUUCUAGGCGUUGUUGACUUAGCGGCUGGUGACAAUUCUUCUUCUGCAUUGAAUACAAAGCCGCAGGAAGAUGAGAACGACGCUUCAUCUGUAGAAGUCCAUCAAGAAGUUGUUCAAGGUGACUGCAGCGACAAGAAUUCAUCCGUGGAGUUCCUAAACAAUCGGCUGCUC